GGCGGACUCGCUCUCCCUCCCCUCGCAGCGCCUGAAAAUGGGCCCGUCCAGGCAGGGCGGCGCAGGCGCCUGAGGCGGCGAGCGGCGGGGGCUGGCCGAGCGGUGUCAGCAGUGGAGGGCGCCGUGUCUUCGCCACCCGGAGCUGGCCCGGCUCCCGCGUCCAGACCGCGCGCAUGGAGGCGCAGAGUCUUCGCGGGUGAAUACCGCUUCCGCUCUCCGGCUGUGGCCGCGAGUCGGUUAUUGGAAGAAUGAUAAGACUUGUGCCUGCACAUUGUUGCUCUGCUGUGUUCCAUCUCCUCCUAAAGAUGCAUCCUGAUUUAUCUCCACACUUGCAUACUGAAGAAUGCAACGUCUUGAUUAACUUGCUUAAGGAAUGUCACAAAAAUCACAGCAUUCUGAAAUUUUUUGGUCAUUGCAAUGAUCUUGAUCGGGAGAUGAGAAAAUGCUUGAAGAAUGAGUACAUGGAAAAGAGGAACAAGAGCAGGGAGCUUGGCAAUGCAAUGCGAAAGAGACUUUUUAAUCCUCCAGAGGAAUCUGAAAACUAGAUCUUAUUUUCACUGGAUGCCUUGCCUGAGAGAAGACCCAAAGACUCUUGGUUGGUAACUGAAGGAAUCCUAUUGCAUUUGGUCUCUAAAAUCCUUUGAAUGGAAAGUUAUCCAUGAGAAAUCAAGCCUUGGAGAAGUAUGGAAGCCCUGGAUCUGGAAUGUUUGUCGGGCAGAGCUGUUUGUACCCUCCCUCCUCUACCAACGCAUCUGAGACUUCUGUUUCUUCCCCUUGCCUAUGACCUGUUAACAUUUGAGUACCUUAAGCUUCAAUAAAACUAUUGAUUCUAAUCA